AUGUUCUACUACGAUCCUCUUUACAACAGCACCCGGACAGACCGCUGGCACGAUCUGAGUCAAUUGUCGAUCAGCCCUUACCUCGAAGCGCUUCUCACAGCCGACGACCAGAUUAAACACCGCCUAGGUCGAUGGGAGAUUACCCUGCGGCCUUCAUCAUCCCUGAAAACACUUGUAUUCAACGACGAUUUUGCUACCAAAGUAGUACUAAACAACAUCGGAUCUUUGCAGGUUACGAAUCCGCCUUGCCGCGCUUUGGGCCUGUAUCACGACGACCCUGGAGGCAGUGUAGCCGAGAGCACCAGACUCUUAGUCAGAGUGAAGAACGACAAUGGCGUAAGCAUUGCUGAGUUUGCGCAUGCGCUACAAUACGCUGCUCCUACCACUCACGAAGCUUGGAUGGCGAAUGCCAAUCAUCUUGUCAACAAAAUCAGGCGCUCACCCCGUAGCCAUGACAUCUGGCACAUACCUGGUGCACCUACGAUACGAGUCCACUUGGACAAUGUCAGCAUGCCAGAGAGCGGUGAUCCAGUAUCAUAUGGGCUUCACCCCAACCGCUAUGCUCAGAUGAAAGCUGAGCCUGAUAGGCGAUCAAGAGAAAUGGCGUGGAUAUCGGAAGAUCUUCUCGAACCGACCGGGGCUAUCGUCGAUCGAGAUCCCAUCGAUUGGGACGAAUGGGGUGAUGUUCUCAAGUUGAUGGAAUGA